AUGCCCCUGGGAAGGCUGUUGGUCGCAGCGCUGCUGUGCCAUGGCGUCAUAGCUGAGCAGCCCAGGCCUCAAAGCCGCGAGGCCGUCGCUGUGCGUUCUGCCCCGCGCAAGCUGCACGGUCGGUUCCUGCAUAUCAGUGACAUCCACCCCGACGAGUUCUACAAAGUCCACUCCUCAACCGACGAAAAUGGCGGGUGCCAUCGCGGAAAAGGCCCCGCGGGGCCGUACGGCGCCGAGACGACCGACUGCGACAGCCCCUUUUCCCUCGUGAACGCGACAUUCGACUGGAUCGACGCGAACCUCAAAGACAACAUCGAUUUUGUCGUCUGGACCGGCGACAGCGCCCGGCACGACCGCGACGAGGGCCUCCCGCGCGACGUCGACCAGGUACUGGGCACCAACAGCUGGAUCGCCGACAAGUUCGUGGACAUGUUCGCGCACAAGACCGGCGGCAAGAAAACCAUGACCGUGCCCGUGAUCCCGACAUUCGGCAACAACGACAUCCUGCCGCACAAUAUCCUGCUGCCUGGCCCGAACAAGUGGUUCCAGCACUACCUGCACAUCUGGCGGCAUUUUAUCCCUGAGGAGCAGCGACACAGUUUCAGCUACGGCGGGUGGUUCUUCGUCGAGGCCAUCCCGAACCAGCUGGCUGUGUUCAGCCUCAACACGCUGUACUUUUUCGACCGCAACGCGGGCGUCGACGGCUGCGAGGAUGCGUCAGAGCCCGGGUUCAAGCAGAUGGAGUGGUUGAAAGUGCAGCUGCUGUUCCUGCGCGAACGCGGCAUGAAGGCGAUCUUGACGGGCCAUGUGCCGCCGGCGCGCACGGAGAGCAAGAUGCUGUGGGACGAGACGUGCUUUCAAAAGUACACGGCGUGGAUGAACCAGUUUUGGGAUGUUGUGAUUGUGGGUCUGUACGGGCACAUGAACAUUGAUCAUUUCCUGAUCCAUGGCGAGGACGAGAUUGAUCUGGAGUCGCCCUCGGCCGAUGGUGGGGUUCGUGUGGCCAUGGACGACGAACUGUCGGUGCAGUCUGCGUCGGAUUACCUGACGGAACUGCGCUCCAUCUGGGCGACGUUGACGCCGCCACCGGCUUCGCCGGAGAAGCAGGUCGGCAAGAAGGGGAGGGAUCGGAAGGGCAAGCAUAGCAAGGAUCCGUGGAGCGAGCGGUACUAUCUGUCGUUGGUCAGCCCUAGCGUUGUGCCGAAUUAUUUCCCCACGCUGCGGGUUUUCGAGUACAAUAUCACCGGGCUCGAAAAUACCGUCCUGUGGCAGGACGCUCAACAGACGGAGACGGACCAGGAUACUGGCGAUGGGACCCAGAAACAUCUUGAACUCCGUGACCUCCCAGACGCGAACUCUGUCGACAUCAAUGACUUCGACAUGAUCGAAACAGAUGACAACAACGACGACACCCUCGAAUCAAACAAAAAAGACAAAACCAAGAAAAAGAAAAAGAAGCACGGCAAAAAACCCAAAAAGCCCCCCGCCAAAGACCUCCCACCACCCCCAUCCAAAUCCGACCCGCCCGGCCCAGCCUACUCCCCCCAACCGCUCACCCUCACAGGCUACACACAAUAUUUCGCCAACCUCACUCACAUCAACAACCUCACCCUCGUUCCCGACACCCCGGAGGCGGCAUCCUUCUGCACGUUUGAGGAUAAGAUUUAUCGGUUGGGGGAUUUGACGCUGAAUAGUUAUGUGGAGCUGGCGUGGCGGAUGGGGGGGAAGGUGGGGAAGAAGGGGGUGGGGGUUGAUGGGUAUGGGUAUCGGGAUGAGGAGGGGUAUGAGGAUGGGGAUGAUGUGGGGGGGGGUAGUGGGGAAGAUGAGGAGGAUGACUGGGAGGAGGAGGGGGUGGAUGCUGAUAAGAAGAAGAAGAAGGGAAAGAAAGGGAAGAAGGGCAAGAAGGAUAAGAAAAAGCAGAAGAAGAAGCAGGAUAAGAUGUGGUUGCAUUUUUUGAGGCACGCGUUUGUGAAUACGCUGGAGGAGGAUGAGUUGGAGGAUUUUUUAGGAAUGUUCUCCUCCCUCAACCUCUUCCGCCUCCCCUACCGCCGUCGUCUCCGCCGCCGUCGCAUGGCAACCCUCCUCCUCCCCCUCAUCCUCCUCAUCCUCCUCCUCAUCCUCCCCCUCUACAUCAUCUACAAACCCCCCUCCCCCUUACUCCGCUACCUCUCCCACCGCUGGACCGACGUGCUCUUCCGCCUCUGGCUGCCCCCGACCAAGCCCCUCAUCGCCCUCACCAUCGACGACGCCCCCUCCGACCACACCCCCGCCAUCCUAGCCGCCCUCGCCGCCGGCGGCGCCCGCGCGACUUUCUUUGUCAUUGGUGCCCAGGCCGAGGGCCGCGAGGCCGUGCUGCGCGAGAUUGUGCGGCAGGGUCAUGAGCUGGCGAAUCAUGGGAUGCAUGACGAGCCGGCGAGGGGGUUGGGGAGUGAGGAAUUGGAGGCGCAGAUUAAGCGUACGCAGGAGGUGAUUGAUGCGGCGUAUGUGGCGGAGGGGAGGACGCCGCCGCCGGUGGGGAGGGGACGGUAUUAUCGGCCGGGGUCGGGGUUUUUUAGUGAGAGGAUUCGCGGGAUGGCGAGGAAGUUGGGGUAUCGGGUGGUGUUGGGGAGUAUUUAUCCGCAUGAUGCGCAGGUGGCGUGGUGGAGGGUGAAUGCGAGGCAUGUGUUGAGUAUGUUGCAUCCCGGGGGGAUUAUUAUUUGUCAUGAUAGGAGGUCGUGGACGGAGCCGAUGCUGAGGAGGGUGUUGCCGGAGAUGAGGAGGAGGGGGUAUCAGGCGGUUACGUUAACGGAGUUGUUGAAGGAGGUUACGGGGUGA